ACACGACUGACCGUUACACAAACGUAACAAAAGCGGAACAGGCAAAGUUAAGAGAAAAAUAGCUUCACCCCCAAGGGUCCUACCACUGUCUCUGUCCAUAGGAAUGACGUCGCUGUACGGUUAAUCAGCUGUUUCCGAGCGAGGAAAUGAACCAAAAUAAAUACACAUAAAACUGUUUUAUCUCUCUGAAGACAUUUAGCUCUGACCGACGGCAGAAGCUACUCUGGUCGGACGCUGUUGACAUGCUUUAUUUGGAUCGACAUCAUGGACAAGAUUUUGGAGGGCUUGGUGAGCUCCAAUCACUCUGUUCCAGUGAAGAAGGCCAUUGUGAAGAAGGUAGUGGAAGCAGCUGAGAGAGAAGUGACAGAGGAUCAGUGUCAGGCACUAUUCACACUCACCACCCGCCUCAUCUUGCUCGGUGAAGAUGCCUUCCAGAAGCAAAUUGGCUCCCAGGUUCUUGAAGCCUAUGCACGCUACCAUCGCCCAGAGUUUGAGCGUUUCUUCAGCAAAGACUUCGUCCUCAGUCUGCUCCAGCAGGGCUACAGCCAGCUGGACCGCAAAGACCCCGCCAUAGUAGAAUACAUUCACUGCUGCCUGCGGCUGCUCAUCAGCUGCCCCUCGGUGCUGGAGAUUUUUAGUGUGAUCCAGGUGGAGGUUUUAAGGAUGGUGUGUGAACGACCUGAUCCCGCUUUCUGUGCCCGCCUGAGCACUUUGCUGUCAGACUUUGUGCAGUGCAUCCCAAGAGAUAAGUCGGGUGUUCUGUUCUGCCAGCAGCUGGUGAGGACCAUCAGUUCCUUCCACUGCUUUGCUAGCCAAGAGCAGGAACUGAGAGAGUAUGUUGGUCAGGUGACGAAAGUUAGCGCGCUGCUACAGAACAUCUGGAAGGCUGACCCAGCCACGCUGCUGCCCUCACUCCAGGAGGUCUUUGCUAUUAUCGCCUCUACAGACCCUUCCUUUGACCCAUCCAUUGCACUGGCCAGCCUGGUCCAGCAUAUCCCUGUCCAGAUGAUCACAGUGCUUAUCAAGAGCCUCACCACAGACCAGAACGUCAGAGACGCAAACAUGACUAAAGCACUCUGCAGGAUGAUUGACUGGUUAUCGUGGCCUCUUGCCCAACAUGUAGAUACCUGGGUCAUCGCUCUGCUGAAAGGCCUGGCUGCUGUUCAGAAGUUCACUAUCCUCAUAGAUGUCACUCUGCUUAAAAUUGAACUGGUAUUCAGUCGUCUGUGGUACCCCAUUGUGCGGCAGGGGGCGCUGGCCGUGCUCUCUCACAUGCUGCUGAGUUUCCAGCACUCUCCCGAGGCCUUCCAUUUGGUUGUUCCACAUGUAGUAGAUCUAGUUCAGUCCUUAAGGACAGAUGGGCUUCCCACUAGCAAAGCGUUCCUGCUGCAGUUCACUGAGCUCAUACACUGCAUGAUGUACCAGUACUCUGGCUUCCCUGACCUUUAUGACAACAUACUGGAGGCCAUCAAGGAUCUACCAAAAUCUGCAGAAGAGAAGAUCAAGCUGGUGUUGAAUCAAAGUGCCUGGACGUCUCAGUCCAACUCGUUUGCCUCUGGUCUGCUGAGGCAAGCUGGGAAGUCUGAGACGGGCAAAACGGGCUUAGUCAACUUGGGGAACACCUGCUACAUGAACAGCAUCAUCCAGACCCUUUUUAUGGCCACAGAUUUCAGGAGGCAUGUUUUAUCGUUGCAUCUAAAUGGUUCCAACACACUAAUGAAAAAGCUUCAGCUUCUCUUUGCUUUCCUCGCACACACUCAGAGGGCGGCCUAUGCUCCCAGAAACUUCUUGGAAGCGUCCCGCCCCCCCUGGUUCAACGUGGGUUCUCAGCAGGACUGUUCAGAGUACCUCAGAUUUCUUUUAGACAGGUUACACGAGGAGGAGAAAACCCUUCAGGCACUGGAUUCAGCUGAACCAAAAGCUGCCUCCCCAGCUGACACGAGCUCCAAAGACUCUGCAACAACGUCUGCUCAGGAAGACAAUGAACAGACCAUUUUGCCUCUAGCAGAGGCCAAACCUGGAGAUGACACAAGGACUUUGAUAGAAAAGAUGUUUGGAGGGAAGCUAAUCACGAGCAUUUGCUGUACGCUGUGCAACUGCAUCUCUGAGAAAGAAGAACCUUUUACAGACCUCUCUUUGGCCUUUUGUCCAGGUACCACUUUACAGGAUGGCCCUCAAACCCAGAGGCAAUCAGAAGAGCCCAAAGCUCUCUGUCAGGGAUCUGUCAAUGGUGGCAGUGAAGCUCCUGAGCCAGGCUCGGCCAAAGCUCCAGCUAGCAAUGCCCAUUUUGUGCCAGUAACAAAUGAGCCUCCUCUCUCCGUGCCUGACCUGGUGAAUUAUUUUCUGGCUCCGGAAAUCCUCGAUGGAGACAACGCCUAUUUCUGCGAGAAGUGUAGCUCCCUCCAGCGGGCAGAGAAGACCAUUAAAGUGGUGUCUGCCCCUGAGUACUUGAUUCUCACUUUGCUGCGAUUUUCAUAUGACGCCAAAUGCCAUGUCCGUAGGAAGAUUCUUGACAAUGUCACCAUCCCACCGCUGAUCAGACUUCCUGUACAUGACCCUUCCGUACCUACGCAGUGUUCUUCUUCUACCUCGUCUCCUCUGCAAGUGGAUUCUCCUGAGAGCAGCGAGAAUCUGGCCAAGAAACUCAAAUCGUCGCAACACGAUGAGGAAGAGGAGAAGGCAAGGAUAGAUGGAGCAGAGGAGAUGAGCAGGUCGAUUCAGUCGGUCCCCUAUGUCCUCAGCUCGGUCGUAAUACAUUCUGGUAUAUCGUCAGAGAGCGGCCACUAUUACUCUUAUGGUCGCAAUAUUAAUGGAACAGAUGGGGCACAGCAUCCAGACAACCAGUACGGCAUCAAAGAGGAUUUAGGGAACGCCCAGGCCGAGUCCAGCCUCUACACCUGCUCAGCUCCCUCGCUUCCACGUGAACAAAGCGAAACGCUGCCUAAUAGUAGCCAGGAGGCAAAAGAUUGGCUGCUCUUCAAUGAUAGCAGAGUAACGUUCACAUCUUUCCAAUCAGUGCAAAACAUUACUAAUCGCUUCCCCAAGGACACCGCUUAUGUGCUCAUGUACAGGAAACAGGAGCUACCAGGGCAAAGCUUAAAUGGGGGACUAAUGGCAAAUGGAAUGAGACUGAGUGCCGAGCCUCCUCUGCAGAAAGAACUACUGGAUGCUAUUAUCAAAGACAACAAGCUCUAUUUACAGGAGCAGGAGCUCAGCGCUCGGACCCAGGCUCUUCAGGCCCCGUCAUCCUCCUGCUCGUUCAGGCCCAACGGUUCAGAUGACAAUAACCCACCGGGGAGCUGCGGCCCAUCUGGAGGAGGAGGAGGAGGAGGCUUCAAUACCAUUAGUAGACUGGUCUUCUGAAAGAGAGAGAGAGAGAGAGAGAGAGAGAGAGGCAUAAAAAUGCUGCAGGAAAUCCAGAUGAACUGGUGCUAAGGGAGUUCUGGGCUCAUCCCACAGGACGUUGAAUCUUCUCACUAUGUAUAGCAAAGAAGGAGCACUGAAAUGAUCUAGCAACACACUUCAAAACUGGCUCUGAUUCUUGAUUUGAUUUUCUCUAAAUCUAAAAGUUUUGGUUAGUCCUCAUGUAUGAUUUUUCUUUAUUUAAUUUUGUGAUUUGAAAACAUUGUAAUCUCCUGUUAAUCCUACAAACGUCAAAACUCUGGGUGGCUAUUACUCACUGGUGCAAAUAUAUUUCUGUCUCAAAUGAAAGAAAUUUGGCAGGAUAUGAUUCAAUAUUAUACAAACGACUUCAGAUUAAUCUUCUAUUAAACGCUUUCUUCGAUAAAGCUCAUCUGUGUUUACCUCAUACACACACAUGCAUACAAGACGGAAGGCAUUCAUCUGUUGGAAACACAGAUUCUUUUAAUUUUUAUUUAUCAUACUUUUAGUUUUUACUUGCAGCUUAUUGUGAGCUGUGGUAUUUUAUUAUUGGGGAUAUUGUGCCUGGGAUCUGUACUCUGUUUCAUACAAGACAUGCAAUAAAUGUACAUAUGACUUCAAAUAAAAGAACUUCAAACUGA